GCAGACUCACUCUCUCUUUCACUCCACCUUUUCCCUUCCUCUCCUCCUCCUUCUCCUCCUCCUUAAACACCCAUCAUAGCUUUGUGGAUAUGAACCGGUCAGCCUUCCUAUUCAAGCUGUUCUGCUUGCUGGUAUGCCUGCUGCCCAUACUGCAGGCAUGUCCCCAGAACUGUCACUGCCAUGGUGGAGAUCUCCAUCAUGUCAUUUGUGACAACGUUGGGCUGAGAAAGAUCCCCAAGGUAGCCGAACAGACACGGCUCCUCAAUCUUCAGAGGAACAAUUUCCCUGUCUUGCCAACCAAUGGUUUCAGAGAUUUGAGAAAUCUUGUAUCGCUCCACCUCCAACAUUCCCACAUCAGAGAGAUCUCCAGUGGAGCCUUCCGGGGUCUGAAGCAGUUGGUCUAUCUUUAUUUGUCUAAUAAUGACAUUAAUGUCAUCAGAAUGGGAGCCUUUGAUGACCUGACAGAGCUUACUUACCUCUACAUAGACCAUAACAAGAUUGCUGACUUACCCAAGGGACUCCUCUCCCCAAUGAUUAAUCUUUUUAUCCUGCAGCUAGGCAGCAACAAGCUGCGAGAGCUGAAAUCAGGAGUCUUCAGUGGCACCAAGGACCUUCGCUGGCUCUAUCUGUCAAACAACUCCAUCUCUUCUAUCCAGCCAGGAGCACUGGAUGAUGUGGAAAAUCUGGCUAUAUUCCACUUGGAUAAGAACCAAUUGACCAGCUACCCACUUGCUGCAAUGAGCAAGCUGAGGGUGGUGGAGGACCUGAAGCUAUCACACAACCCAAUAAAAGUCAUUCCAGACUUAGCCUUCCAGUCUUUUGGGCGCUACAUGGAGACCCUCAGCCUGGACAACAUGGGUCUAGAAAAGUUUUCAGAUAAAGCAUUUGCUGGCACAACCACACUGAAGACUGUUCACAUUGAGAAUAACAAACUUUCCAGUCUUCCUGGAAGCUUUCCCUUCAACCGCCUUGAGACACUCACCAUGUCCAAUAACCCAUGGCACUGUUCCUGUCAGCUAGCACCUCUGCGCAGGUGGCUGGAAUCCACUCGCUCACGCCCUGAUGCAGCCUGUGCCUCACCCUCUCAGGCUCGAGGACAGCAGAUUCGAGACACAGCGGCACUCCGUGGCUGCAAACUCCCCACUAGGAGGUCUAAGAAGGGAAGUCGGCAUUAAACAGGACCUGGGAAAGCCAGUCCAGGUGACUGGCCAAUUCAACCAAUCAGAAAACUACUGAUUCCUUCCAAGCCCUUCAUCUUAAAGUGUCUUCUUUCCAUCAAGGAAUGUUUCAUUUAUCCAAUCACAUCUAUGUCCUGCCAAGUGUGGAUUGCAAGGUGGAAUCCACCAUUACAUUUGCCUCACCUCUGGUAUUACAUGUAUUAUUUUAAAAGAUAAGGUUUUUUAAAAUGUAAACUAUGCAUGACAUUGCUAAAACAAGCUACGGUAAUCUAGAUCCUGCUGGUAAAAUACAGUCAUCUCUCCUGAUACCAUUCAGUUUUUCACUUUACCAGGAUUUCCUUUCCUAAAUGCUGAGAAUUGACAGAGGAACAUAAAACAUUUCUCUACAAUCCUAGUUCCACAGUUCCAUGAUUGUUCUGUUGGAAGUAUAUAUUUGUACUCAAGUUCACAGUCUGCAGUCACAAACCUAUGCAUUUUGAGCAGAAUCUAUAGGGUGAGAGAUGUCAUUAUCUCUUAUAAUUGCUGAUCACAAAGUGGAAAGUCCUAUUUCUAUGAGUACAAAUCCCCAGGCAGAAAACUGCAAUGGUUGUCAGUCAGCAGGAGGCAAGCAAUGAGACAAUGAUAGUAAACUUUUAGGAAUGUGUGUCUAAAUUGAAAGUAAUAGGAUUGAAUGAAGAAGAAAUUGCAUCAAACAUCCAUUAAGUAAUUUGCAGAUGUAAAUUUUCCUAAACCAGUAAACCUUUUGGACUAGAUGGGAGAGGGACACUGGAUCUAUAGCUGAGAUUUUUCUCUGUAUGAUCACCAUACGCUAUAUCCCAGUAAACCUGGCACCCAGUUAAAAGAUGAAAAUACAGGUGGAGAAAGUACAAACUUAGUGCCAUUUUUAUAGACUACCUACAAUGCCUAUAUUACCUCACCUCCGCAAAAAACCCCAGAUAUUCCCACCCAUUCAAAAUAACCAAUAACAAUAAACAAUACACAAACAGAAAAACAUAAGCCUUGAGAAUGGAGAUUACUGGUGGCCAAUAGGCCAUAUUCAGAAAACGUGGUUGAUUCCUCACAUUUAAAGAGUCAAGUCAGGACUUUUCUUCCUAUUUCAAAAUAUACCCCAAUUGGAACUGGAAAAGGUAUGAGUGUGUUAAAAGGUUCUCCCAAACAGUGAAAUGGCCAGCAGCAGCCCCAUUCCCAGAGUCCUUAAAGUGAUGGUGGUGGAAAACACAACAAUUUUAAGUUUAAGACUAUGUGCCAAAAUAGUUUUCCCCUGGUAAGCAGCAGCUUUCAAAGUCUGGAAUCAAUUAGAUUCUAGGGACUGCAUGGAAGCCUUCUCCAAGUGAGUGUUUAUCACAUAGAAGAUCGGUCAUCACACAAAAAAGGAUCCUUUAAGAUAUUCUGAUCUUUUACCACCAUUACCAAACAUCUACAGACUUAAAAGGUAGUUGUGUUAUUUCUCGACUGCAUUGCCAAAGUCACGUGGAACAAAACAUUUGGAGAGUCUGGCUGAUGUCCCUUGUGAAUUGAGAGUGUAUCUUGAGCAUGCUCUCAAAACAUAUGCAAAAAUGGCUAGAAUCCCAAUAUAUAGACCAUUUCCCAAGACUGGGAAACCUAUAACCUCCCAGAAGUUGAUGUCCAGUUAACAUUAGCCUAAGACAGCUGGGCCAAUAGUGAGAGACAAUGGAAGCAGCAAGUCAUCAAUAUCUGGAGGACCAAAGGUUCCCCAUCCAGGUAUAGGAAAUUUGAAGAUCCUGACCCCAGAAAGGAACAAUGGUGUUGAGAAGAAAGCCGGUAAGGAUUACUACCUGGCAUCUUGGGAAAUGACCUCUCUACCAUCUAUGCGCCACAAAAACUUGGCUGUAGGCAGCAAGAUGACUGUGGUUUAUCAUCAUGGAUUUUGCAAUACCACAACUUCAAUUUAACUGCAUUUUUAAUCCUAAAGAUUUAUACAAAUAUAUAAUAUUUAUUCCUUUGUUACCAAGUGUAAAUGACUCCUAAGAGGAUCUUUUUUUUUCAAAAUUAAAAAUUCCUCUUACUCUUGUGUAGAGAACAAAUGGUAUAUUUUCUUAUGUACAACUUCUGUAUAAAGCUCUUGUUGCAAAGA